AUGUCGGAAACCCCAGCCCCAGUCCUGAUCGUCGGUGCUGGGAUCAGUGGCUUGGUGUUGGCCCAGUACCUUCACAGUCAAGGCAUCCGGUUCGAGAUCUUCGAGCGUGAUGCCGCGGUCGAUGCUCGCACAGGCGGAUGGGGACUCACGCUGCACUGGUCGCUGCCUGCCCUGCGCGCUCUCCUUCCGCCGCAGUUGGUGAAACGCUUCCCAGAGACAUUUGUGAACAAGGACGCAUCUCUGCGGGGCGAUACGGGGAGCUUCCAGUUCUUCAAUCUCAAGUCUGGAGAAGCGCUCUUCAGCAUUCCUGCAGAAGAGCGGAUUCGGGUCAAUCGAGGACGACUGCGCGAGCUCCUGACUUCGGGUGUGAAUGUCCAGUGGAGCAAAUCAUUGACGUCGAUUGAUUCAUCUGCGGAUUCCAUCACUGCCCAUUUCGAGGAUGGCUCGAGCUGUACGGGAUCGCUCCUGAUCGCCGCGGAUGGAGCGCGAUCGCGUGUUCGCCAGAUCCUGUAUCCGGAGAGCUGUCAGAUGAAUCCACUGCCAGUGCAGCUGCUUGGGGCCUCGGCGCUUUAUAGCGCCGAGGAGCUGGGUGGCGUCCAAUCGAUUGACCCAUACAUUUUCCAGGGAUCUCAUCCGGACACCAACAUCUUUUUCUUUUUCAGCUUUCUUGACACCCCCAGUAACUUCAACGAGAGCAGCAAAGACCGCUACCACGUGCAGCUCAUUAUCUCCUGGGCCGACGACAAGGCGAUCGUGCUGCCCGAGCAAAAUGUCGACCGAAUUGCGUUGAUGAAGACCCUGUCCGACAACUGGGCAGAGCCGUUCCGCUCAUUGAUUCAACAGCUUCCAAGUGAUGCGGAGGCUCGAUCAAUUCGCAUUGAUGACUGGCUCUUCAAUCCUCAAAGAUCUCCGGCUCACCCUCGUGCAGUACUGAUGGGGGACUCGGCGCACACCAUGACAAUGUUCCGUGGCGAGGGCGCAAAUAACGCUAUCGUCGACGUGGAAGACUUGAUCAAGAGCGUGGAUCUGAGACCAAGCGGCAUUUCCGACUUGGAGACCCUGUCAAAAGCGCUUGAUGCGUAUAGGCAUCGCAUGUUUGCUCGAGUGGAAUCAAGCGUUCUCAACUCACGCCGCGCUUGUUUGGACGCUCACGAUUUUGAAAAAAUUCUCGCCGGGAGUCCCCUAGUCGCCGCUCGAGAGCUCCGUGCAUCAGCAGCGGAAUCAAACACACAAGACUGA